CACAUCCAGGAGUGUUAAUAACAGAAACAAGAGCACUACCAUUACAUUUUUUUUUUAAAAAAAAAAAUUGCGUGUGUUUGUAGAUAAAAACCGUGAGAGAAAAAUAAAAAAGUGAUGAAGAAGUGCGAGCUCUGCGAUUCCCAAGCGAAGAUGUACUGCGAAUCCGACCGGGCCAGCCUCUGCUGGGACUGCGACGCCCGAGUCCACGGCGCCAACUUCCUCGUCGCCAAACACUCCCGGACUCUGCUCUGCCGUGUCUGUCAAUCUCCGACGCCGUGGAACGGCUCGGGCCCCAAACUCAGCCCGACCGUUUCGGUCUGCGAGAGCUGCGUUAACGGCUGCUACGACAACCAAUCCAGAAACGACGAAGACCAAGAUCAUGAAGACGGAGGUGAUGAUGAGGAUGCUCAUCGUGAAGAUCGUAAUAUUGACGAAGAAGAUGAAGAUGAUGAUAAUAGCAGUGAUGAUGAUGAUGGUAUGGAUGAAGAGGAUGAAGAGAACCAAGUAGUUCCCUGGUCAAACCCGCCUCCGACGACUCCGGGCUCUUCGAGAAAUGAAGAGUGUUCUAAGCACAACAGGUUCUUUACCAGCCAAGCAAGUGUUUCUGAUUCGGAUACAGCAUUUUCUUGGAGAGGUUGUCGUGGGCGCUAGUAAGCGCUGUUUGGAGAUGAAUUUGUCUCGCAACGUCAAGUUACUGCAGUGUUAUGGUGUUUAUAUGUGGACAGAGCACCCUGAUCGCGCUUGAACCUGCCUUUGCCAAUCCCAUUUAUCAAACGACUUCUCAAAUUGAAAUGUAUGUCUUUUUUCUUUUUUUUUUUCCUUUUUUUCCCGGAUAGAACAGUUCCUUUUGGAUCUUGGAAUUCUGAAGCUGGGCGUGUGGAUUCGUUGAAGAAAUUCGAGAUGAGUACAAUUGAGAAAUUCUUGGUUUCUGUCUCGUCGGCGCACGGCAAAGGAUUCAGAUAUUGCUGAUUUGAGUCUGACUCUUUCUUUCUUUCGUUACUAACUUAUAGUGCCUAAUCUCCUCCAAAUCUUCUUCUUUUGUUCUAUUUAACAUCAUUGUAAAUACCAAUUUGUAUUAGAGAUAAUCAAGAGGCUAUCUUGUUA